AGCGCUCACACUGCUCUCCUCUGAAUGGUGCGUUACUUGCGCGCUACGCUCCCAGUCAAGACCAAUAGGAAGUUCUGUACGCUAACACGAGUGGAAUAUACAUGAAUUGGAACAGGGGAAACCCACUGGAAGCGCAUCUACAGUAGGGAUACCUGCUCACGAUAUUGGAUAACAAAAAGCACAAUUUCGCCGGCGACUCGAGAACUUAAUGCUGAUAUCUGCUUGAUUUUUUUAGUGACGGGGUUGGUUUCUAAGUGAACCCGAACAAUUUUUAUUUGUUUACGAAAAACAAUUACUCUACAAAAACUUUUUUAUAUUCAUUUUUCCCUCGUCAAGAACUUGGGGACUAACUUCAAUACAGCAGACACUGGGAUAUUUCAUGUGGCUGGCCGUUUGACAGAAGCACGCAUUGCUUGGUAAACCAUCGCGGACCUCCUCCAUCUCACCACGAUGUCCAGCCAGGUCCUCUUCGCGUUGUUGAACGUCUUAAUUCUAGCGCGUACUCUCAUGGCGCACGAUUGCACACCAUGUGAACUCCGAACGUGUCCCGUACAACACCCGCAUGGCUGCGAGAGCGGCCGGACCUUAGCCCGGGACCCAUGUGGAUGCUGUGACCAGUGUACUCGGAUGGAGUGGGAACCGUGCGGUGGCCAGGACUGGGUGCUGGGCUACUGCGCGCUGGGGCUCACUUGCGCCUCUUUCAACAGAACUGGAGCUGCGAUGCUGCCUGAGAUCGGAGUUUGUAAAGUGCUUCCAGAGAGCCCGGAGGCCGGCCUUGUGGACGAGCGCUGCCCCCUCAUGACGGGCUGCGACCGGGCCGGGGAGGAGUGUGUGUGCGACGCCCGCCACUCCUGCUUGGGCUCCUUCUCCUACCCAGACCAGGAGAGCUGCAUGAAGGCCAGCAAGACAGAGGGUCGCAGACACGAGCACCGGGACAGACACAGGGAGAGGUUCGUGGGCCCGUCCAACCCGGCCUGCAUGUUCUCUGGCUGCAACCUGACAGCGGAGGGUUGCGAGUGCGAAUCCCGCAGCUGCCACCACCACUUCUCCUACAUCAACCGCAGCCAGUGUCUAGAAGCAGCAGCAGUUCUCAAGUGCUCGGGCGUGACCUGCCCCCCUGUGCCGGCGCCCUCCUGCCCCAAGGGCUCGGUCCUGACCAAGAGCUACACGCCCCCUGCUGGCUGCUGCCCCUCCCUGCCGCCCCAGUGCACCUGUGACCUCGGCACCUGCCCCGCGGCCCGCUGCCCCUCCGGCCAGAGGGCCGUGGUGCCCCGCCCGGCCAGCGGCCUGCCGGGGGACUGCUGCGACGUCUUUGAGUGCCAGAAAGUCACUCCAAAGUGUGCCCACAACGGGAAGGACUUCUCGGAGGGCGAGGUGUACCGCAUGGACCCCUGCUGGCUGUGCCAGUGCCGCGGCGGCAUCUCCUUCUGCUCCAAGGCCGAGUGCGCCGAGCUGGACUGCGAGAACUUCUACAUCCCAGAGGGCGAGUGCUGCCCCAUCUGCAUAGACGUGGAGCUGCUCUCCAUGGACAGCACCAAGGCCAGCUGCUGGGUGAACAACAAGCUGCUGGGCCACGAGGACCAGUGGAAGGAGGACGACUGCACCUUCUGUCAGUGUGUGGACGGGGAGCCCCACUGCACCGCCAUGGCCUGCAAGCAGAGCUGCCAGAACCCAGUCAAGAUCCCCGGGGAGUGCUGCCCCUUCUGCGAAGAACCUUCCUACGAGACGGUGAGCCCGCUGCUCUGCCCCCCGCUGGAGAACUGCUCUCUGUCGGGCCACGACUGCCCCUACGGCUUCCAGCAGGACUCCAACGGCUGCCUGCUCUGCCAGUGCCUCAGCAACGACUCCUGUCCCGACCUUGAGCGCUACUGCUCCCUGCAAUGCACCAUGGGAUACGAGAAGGACGACUACGGCUGCGAGGUGUGCGAGUGCAGCGUCCCCAAGUGCCGACCUCUGACCUGCACUAAAACCUGCCCCUACGGAUAUGUGACGGCGUCGGUUGAGACCAUGGAUCUGUUCUGUUCUCCUGCAGAUGAAUCGGGCAGCGGGCAGCCCGUGGGCAUGGACCUGUGCAGAGCUCCGGGAGGGGAGCUCUACGUGGAAGGAGAGACCUGGAACCUGGACGAAUGCACGCAGUGCACCUGCAGGAAGGGGAGGGUCCUGUGUGACACUGAGGUGUGUCCCCCAGCCCUCUGCCCAUCACCGGCCAAGCCCAAGGGGGCCUGCUGCCACGCCUGCUCAGAGGAGGACGAGGUGAGCUCCCUGUUGCCGGUGAACACCAGCCAGCAGGAGUACUGCAUCACGGGGGAGGGGGACGUGCUGCUGGCCGGCGACUCCUGGAAGCCCAACGCCUGCACCAGCUGCACCUGCACCAACGGCACGGUCGAGUGCUUCUCCCAGCGCUGCCCGGCCGCGCGCUGCAGGGUGCCCGUCCUACGCAAGGGCCAAUGCUGCCCCCACUGCCUGGAAGUGGUGGUGAUGACGUCAGCCCCAACCGCCGUGUCCACUGCGGCCCCCGAGACCCGGGCCCUCACCACAACGCAGAGCGUCCAGUGGAUCACCACCGCCACCACCAGCCAGCCCCCCAUCGUCCCAGUCACAGACGCCCCCCGCUCGGGGGACAACUUCCCCAGCCAGACGGAGAUGGCCCACAUCUACCAGUCGGCGGCCUGGAUACUGGCGGCGCUCCUGCUCAUCAUCAUCGUCUUCAUCAUCGCCGUGCUGCUCCUCAACAGGAAGAAGAAGUGGCUGCAGAUGUCCUGCUACAGUGCACCCAAAAAGACGGUGAUCCUGAAGAAGCACGUGAACAAGAACUCUGUGGUGUACAUGGAGCCCUCCAAGGAGAACAAGUUCCAGAACGUGAAGAACGACUAUGGAAUCGUCAACUUCUCGCCCGAAAGCAGCUCUCCGUGCGGGGAGAGGAUGACCAUUCCCCGGGCCAAGCUCGGCAUGAGCAACGGCCGGGGUCUCCACUAGAGAGGUCGCCCCCCCCGUCCCCAGGCCAGACACCUACACCUUGGAGCGGAGCGAGCUCUCGUUUCCAAGGUGAUUCAUCAAACAAUGCACUGUGGGCUGGCCAUGAAUGCCUCGGGUGGCACCCGCCUGUUUCCUGUAACUGUCUUCCUAUGUGGCAAAGCAGCAGAGGGACCUCCAGAGAAGACCAAACAAGUGACUUCUAUUGCUUCUAUUAUUUUUUUUAUUUUGUACUCCCAAUUCAUUUAAGUCUGGACUUUGAUCAUGGCCAGUGAAGUACGGGAGAAGACAGAAGAUUCAAACUAAAUCGGGGAUGUAUGGAUGUAGCUGGACCAUUGGACACCGCCAACCCUUGGCUUUGGUGCAGAGAGAACUGUAUAAGGCUGUACAUACCAGAGAUGGCCUUCGACUGGGAACUGAACGUACACACCGUCACUCUUUAUUGCCACCCUGGGAACUGGAACUUUGAGUUGAUGGGGUGACAUGCUGGCAGGAGUGGACAGGCUGUUGGUUCGAGGCAGGUUGAAAGCCUGUUAUGCUGUCUUAAUGCAGCAGUGCUGUGUCAGUAAAAAAAAAACAUAUUCCAAGUUGGAUUCAAUUGAAAACAUUCAAGCCUUUACUAUCAGAUGUCAGUAGCUUUACACACCCACACACCCAAAACUCCUGAUUUAGAAUGUGUGGUUUCCAUUGUAGGUUUUUUGUAUAUUUUUACAGUAUUUGUAUUAAUAGUUGUAGUGUUAUUCCUGGCCUCAUGUUUUUACUCUGGGUGUCUCUGUGGUGGCCAGGUUUAAAAAGAAAAACUAAGAAACUGAAAAAAUGUAAUCACCUCCACCCAUUCCGUAAGCCCAGGAAAAGAAACCGAUCCUUUCCACGGAGAAGGGGCAUCUUCCAUUACAUGACGGAUUACAAUAUGCGUGCCCUUCCACUGGGAACACCAUGCCAACAUACACCGGGCCGAGAGAUGCAUUUCAUAUCUGAUGUGGUGCGUCGCUCCUGGAAACCUAACUGGAACACGGUAUCUGAUAGCAUUCGCGUUUUCCACAUGGACCGAUUCACCCCCGGGCUGUCAACGGACGCAAUCGAUCCACAACUCCAUGGCAUGUUUUGGAAUGCCAAGAAAAUAAAAAAAAAGAUGAAAAAGUCUUUUGGGGAUGUUUUUGACGCCAAUCCCUUGUUUUGAUAUCAUUAUCACAUUUAUUUAGACCUGCAUGGAGCUACUGUUUUUGCAGAAUGCUAGAAAGGGUUGUCCCGUCAAACAAAGCUACCAUUCCAUCGCCUUAAUGUUGCUCUUCUUGCCAUCUCAUGUUUUGAUUUGAUUUUUACUUCAGCCAAUAUUAAGAAAUAUAUGACAAACAUAAUAUAUACAUUCAUUACCCAGAUGAACAGAUUGUAUGUGUUGUACAGCAUACAGUUGUCAAUGAUUGUUAUCAACUCCUUAUACAGGCGAGCUACUAGUAAAUUAUAUGAAGUGGGAGCGUCGGAGGGGACGAGGUGUAAAUAAAGUUAUACAUAAAAAAAAACAUUGGAACAUACAUGUUAAAGAGACAUAGCACUUUUAUUAGGAGCCAGUGUUGUUUGUUGUUUAAGGGUUUUUGUUAUGUUGUUUUUCUUUUAGAAUGCCCACUGCCGAAUACUAAGGGGAUUUAAGACCUACAUCGAGGAUUUAAUACGUUUAUGAAGCACAUGUAGUUAUCAAACCACUCCAGUCACCGACAUUGUUGCACCACAGUCGGGGAUUCAAACCCAAUCAGAGGGAGGGGGAGGGGAAGUGAAAGAGAGAGGCAGGGUCUGUGUGAAGCAUUACAACAUCACAUCCAGGGUUUUACAGGAGAACUUACAUUCAGUUUCCGCUUUGAUUUCCUGUUUCUCAAUGCAAGACCGCUGCACUGCCAAAAGAAUGGCAGGCCAUUUACAGCGAUGUUCUGUCUGGGUGUUUCGGUAGGUCUGUCCGUUUCAAAUCAUAACCAUGUGCUUUAAAAUGAAGAAAUGAGUUUGUUCAACCUAACGCAGUUCUCUGUUCUUCUAUGUGUUUAAAAGAGGAUAGUUUAAAAUAGCGGGAGAGAAGAUCUUAUUUAUUUUUUCACAUAGCUUUAUUUAUUAAUACUAAACUAUAGUUUAAGUUUUUUUUUUUUUUUCUUUAUCUUUUUGAAAAGACAAAAAGAAUUUUGGUAGCCAAAGCUGCUGUACAUUUUAGACAUCGUAAAAAAACAAACAUUUACCAUUUCUAUCUACUAUACCCUGUACAAGCUUUAUUUAUUUCACCGGUGAAAACUCUGUACAUAUGUUUCCUAGAUGCUGAACUGUAACAUUUACACCUAUUUUGAAAAUAAAUAAAACGUGUGAUACAAAGUGGUCGCUUUGGGGUGCAAUGCUUGGAUAAUCCCGUUUGAUCGUUCUGUGUUCCUGUUAUCUAGGCCAGCUGUUGACAUGCAUUCUGGAAAAAACACUCAUCUGGCGCUGGCCACUUUCCUUCUGGUAUCUCGCUAACCUUUCAGAAGUAUUUAGUAGGGGUAGCCAUCUUAUCUUUGUAAUUUCUUAUCUCAACUGUGGGACAGAUGAGUAAAACAAAAGACGUGUUCCAAGUUGUUUCCUGUAGACCACUACACAAGCAAUAUUAA